CGUUAUUGACGCCACGUGAGUUGUUGCGCAGUCACGUGGAUUACAUGUUCGUUGAUAUAAUGAGUUGAAGUGACUUUUAAUUUAAUCAUCAGAAGGCGGUUUAUUUUCUAGCGAUUCGGCAUAAAUAUUAGUCAUAUUAUUGGUUUAUAAAAUUAUCGACGUAAAUAAAAUCGUCGAUAAAAUGACGAGCAUGAAUUGCGAAGAUGUUAAAUAUUUUUCAGUCAAAGAACCAUUGGAUUACGAUCAAACAUUUCCAUUUUUUAGAGAACCAAAAGAACAGGGUUGUUUAUCUUUAGGGAAUAACAGAGAAUUUUACAAUGACGCUCGAGAAUUAAAAUACCUGUGCAUGCCUAAAUCGGAAAUUCAUUUCAAUUUAAAUGUCGGUUACAAUGAUAUGAUAAUCCAGGAUCAUACUGAGGAGAAACUGGAUAAUUUAUUAAAAUGGAUCCUUGUAAAUAAACAAAAAUUUUCAAUAAACUCAGAAAGUGUAGAAAGUCUCAAUACUGAUUUCAUUUGCUAUCGUGGCCUAUUGACAGUGAUUCUCUGCACUCCGUACGAACAACGUGAAGAUUGGUUGAUAUGUGCGACUAAAUUUAAAGGGACCAUCUACUUGUGUGCUUUUCCUACUCAACAAUAUUUACAAAGGAAAGAAAAUGAGACAGAAAGGGAUAGGAUAAUGACUGCGUGGGGACAUAAAUUUGAAACUUAUAUGGUUACAAAUAGAAAAAAUGGCAGUCCAGAUGCUAAAUCUCCAGUCAAUACAAAUAAAGAAUAUGGUGUCAUAGUACGAUCACGCUUGAACAGUCAUUCCUUAGUAUAUGGUGCUGAAGUUGAUUGUAUGGAACAAUGUUCUUAUGAAGGAUCAAAACCUUAUGUAGAAUUGAAAACAUCACGAAAUAUCACAUCAGACAGACAGUACAGAAAUUUUUGCAGAUUUAAACUGUUAAAGUGGUGGGCUCAAUCAUUUUUAAUAGGAAUUCCCAAAAUUAUAUGUGGUUUUCGUGAUGAUGAUGGAUUUGUUGGUCAUUUGGAAACAUUUGUAGUACAAGAUAUUCCAAAAUUAUCACAAAUUUUUAUUUAUGAAAAGAAGCAUUCAAACAUGCUUCAGAUUCUAGUCUGCUUCUUUUCUUGCGGAAAAUUAAAUCACGGCUGCUGAAGAGAAAAUUGCCAUAUUGGGGAGAUUCCCCAAACUUCAAGUCAACUGGGAAAGAAUGGGAAAAGGUAUUAAUGGAGAAAUUUUUGAGGAAAUUUGAGAAUAUAUAAUUUUUUAACAAUAAUUUAACUUGCUAUUAUUACAAAUG